AUGGGACCUUUCCCACCCUCAUACUCUAACAACUAUAUUCUGGUGGCAGUUGAUUAUGUGUCCAAGUGGGUGGAAGCUGUGGCUCUACCAACCAAUGAUGCCAAAGUGGUGAUGAUCUUUCUUCAGAGAUAUAUUUUCAGCCAGUUUGGUAUCCCAAGGAUACUCAUUAGUGAUGGUGGAAGUCACUUCUGUAACAGACAGCUGGACUCACUUCUGCAGAGAUAUGGAGUCCGUCAUAAAGUGGUUACCCCAUAUCACCCUCAGACAAGUGGACAGGUUGAGGUUUCCAACAGGGAACUCAAGAGGAUUCUAGAGAAGACUGUCAGUGCCUCAAGAAAGGACUGGUUUAGGAAGCUUGAUGAUGUCCUCUGGGCUUGCCGGACAGCUUACAAGACUCAUAUUGGCAUGUCCCGUAAUCAGUUGGUCUAUGGUAAAGCCUCUUAUGAGAAUGCCAAGCUCUAUAUGGAGAGAACUAAGAUAUGGCAUGAUAAGAAGAUUGCCAUUAGAGUCUUUGAGCCAGGUCAGAGAGUGCUUCUCUAUAAUUUAAGGCUCAAACUCUUUUCCGGGAAGCUGAAAUCCCAGUGGUCAAGACCAUUUGUGGUUACCAGAGCUUCACCAUAUGGUCAUGUAGAGAUUCUGAAAGAGAAUUCUGACAGGAAAUUCACAGUUAAUGGUCAGAGGUUGAAGCACUAUCUUGGAGGCGAGAUUGAUCGCCAACGAUCCAUUCAUCUGCUGAAUUAG